AAAAAGUAGAUAUUGUUAUAUUUUUUUAAAAAAGUAUAGAAUAUAAGAUUCUGAAGAAUCGAGGAAUUUUGCGGUAUGAAAAUUGCGAGAAGGUGAAGCGACGAAGAUGAAGAAUCCGAUCGCCAAUUAUCUCCUCGAAGAGGAAUCAUCGACGAAAGAAGAUUACACGGACGAGAACGCCGAGAGCGGGAGAACGUUGUUGCCGAUGCUCGCCGUCGACAAUGUCGAGGAUGAGGACGGGAUGACUGACGAGAGAUAACGAACGAUGACGAAAGCGUCGUCGAGCAGCAGAGUGAGAGAGCUUCAAGCCAUGCUGUUUCCGGUACAACCCAUUCCAGGUGGCACGCUUUCUUCCGAUCUGGUGCCGCAGGAGUUGCAGGUGUCUUCUCCGUUGGAACGUUACGACGGCUCGGCUCUGAGACGGGACGCGGAAUCGGCGCUGUUCGGAUUACCUCUGAGUUUGUCCGCGCAUCGAUACGCGAAGGAGACUCUGCGCGCGGUUCUCGACGCGCGAUGCGUCGUCGACGGAAGCGUUCAGGAGGCGGCCAGGUGGCCGACCGAAUGCCAGGUGAUUCCGGAAAGAAUUCGCCACUUGGAGCACAAUCCGAGCGUGCCGGAAAUCUUCUACGUUCCGACGGGGAAGGAACCGAGACCGAAACCGGUCGGCGACGAGCUCGGAACCGUGAUAUUCCGCUACUGUCCGAUCAACGUCACCAAUUACUUCAGCCGAUCCUGCGUAGGCGGUAGCGCGGUAUUGCCGUUUCCCGUGGCGAUCUCCGGGGAGUCGAACGACGCGAACGACGUUUCGAAAGAAGGAGCUAGCGAUAUCUUCUUCGUCGCCGAGGCGUCCCGACAACCGGUGGAGAACGACAACAGCACGGAUCUGCGGUUCGAGUCGCGAUUCGAGUCCGGCAAUCUCGGCAAAGUGGUGAAGAUAACCGACACGUACUAUCAGCUCUAUCUGAGACGGGAUCUCUACACACAGAGGCACACGCAAUGGUAUUAUUUCAGAGUGUCGAACACGAGGAGCCGAAUCACGUACAGGUUUUCAAUCGUAAACAUGUGCAAGGAGGAGAGUCUCUAUAACGAGGGUCUGAAGCCUCUUCUUUACUCCACCGAAGACGCUCGCACCCGAUCGGUAGGUUGGAGAAGAUGCGGCGACAACAUCACGUAUUAUCGGAACAACGAUUCGUCAAACGACGACGAGAGGGAGAAGCACACGCUCACGUUCAAUAUCUCGUUUCCUCACGACCGUGACAUCGUGUAUCUCGCGCAUUGCUAUCCCUACACGUACACCGACCUCCAGGAGUAUCUCGGCAAGAUCGUAACCGACCCUGCGAAAACGCGGUUCGCCAAGCUGCGCCUGCUCUGCCGCAGUCUCGCCGGAAACGGCGUGUACUACUUGACCAUAACCGCGCCGACUACGCAAGACGACGAGGCGCGCAGGAAACGGGGAGUCGUUAUCACCGCCCGGGUGCAUCCCGGCGAGACACCCUCGAGCUGGACGAUGAAGGGCAUCAUCGACUUUCUCACCGGUGACACGAACCGAGCUCGAGAGCUCAGAGAGAGAUUCGUCUUCAAGUUGGUGCCGAUGCUCAACCCGGACGGCGUCAUUGUGGGCAACAAUCGGUGCUCUCUGUCGGGCAAGGAUCUGAACCGGCAGUACAGAACUGUGAUGCGUGAGAGUUACCCGUCCGUUUGGCACACGAAGCUGAUGAUUCGACGUCUGCUCGAGGAGUGCGGAGUAGCGAUAUACUGCGACCUUCACGCGCACUCGAGGAAGCACAACAUCUUCGCUUACGGUUGCGAGAGCAAACGCGCCGGAAACAGCGGGAAGUUGUCGGAACAGGUGUUCCCGCUGAUGCUUCACAAGAACGCGGCCGACAAGUUUUCUUUCGAGAAUUGCAAAUUCCACGUCGAAAAGGGAAAGGAAGGUACGGGCAGAGUGGUCGUCUGGUCGAUGGGCGUUCAGAACAGUUACACCAUAGAGGCUUCGAUGGGCGGUUCGAAAAUCGGCUCGAGAUGCGGAACUCACUUCUCCAUUCAGGACUACGAGCAGAUCGGCAAGGCUUUUUGCGAAACUCUUCUCGACUUUUCGGAUCAAGAUCCUAUGAAGGAAAGACUCCGGAAUAAGAUUAUAACCAGAUUGACGAAGGAAGGAUCCAGCGCCGAGGAGCCUACCAACAUCGACUUGACUGAUUACUCAAGCGACGAAGGAGACAUCUCGCAGGAGAGUUUCUCGUCGGAGGAAGACGGGAGUACGGAGUACGCCGCGUGGUCCGAGGGUGGUGGUGAUUUUCUGACGGGUCGCCGUCGUUAUCUCUGUGUACCUCCGCCCUCGCCGACCUUCGUUCCGCCGAGAAGCGUCGGUCUUUACAGAAGAAGAGCAAGACGAGACGUCGUCGGAAGGAUUUAUCUGAGACGUAGAAAAAAUCUGAUGCAACGAGCGGUGAUGGAUUUGCCGACGACCGAUCCGGGCAGCGACCUGUGCGAUCUGACCGAUUCAGCCGACGAGAGUUUUCUCAGACACGAAGAAGGAGAUUACGAAGUUGUGUGGGGAAGUACGCGUGACGAAAGUCAUCAGAAAGAAGUCACGGUCAAACUGUCGGACAAAGAAGUUGUCGAAAAAGAGGAGGAAGGUCCGGACAAGAUACUGAUACUACCGGAAAUCGUGAGACCUCGAAGCGUGUCGUUCGGAGAAUUACUGCCGCGUAAUAAGGAUCAUCGCAAGGCUUGUCGACGACCGCGAUGUCUUCGAACGUUGAGAACUUCACCGGUCUCGCCGACGAGUCAGGAGGCGAGAAUCACGUUAACGUCGUUAAGACGCCAGAUCUGGACGGGUGUGCCGUCCGAAGGUGGCGAUGCGGAUCGUUUCGUCGACGCUUUUGUUAAGGCGCCGUUGAGCUGGGGCGUCUCCAGACACGCUCUGAUGCACUAUCCCACGGACUGCGAGGUCACGCUAAAAUUACAGUCCAGAAAAGCGCAGACGCUCGUUUACACCGAGGACAAGGAGGACGCGAGAAAAGCGCGGAAGAAGUCGCGACGAAAGCGACAGGCCGUCACGGAGAACGCGUCGUCCCAGCUGAAGGAAGUCGAACGGACGACGGUGCGGACGGUUGACAGACGGAAACCGUCGAAGAAAAAGAACUCGGAGUGGCAGCGUGCGGUCAAUCUCAAUUCCGGGCUCAAAGAGACCGCGAGAAGCGCGAAACCUACCACCGUUCUGACGAUCGAGGCGGAUUCGUUGAAGCUACUGGCCGCGCCGACGACGCCGAAGCAAUCGCGACGACAGCGGAAGUCCGAGCCGCGUAAGAAAUUCCGCGUCGUCGGCGCGUCCACCUGCGUCGUCGAUGUGGCGAAAGCAAAAUCGACGAGGACGACGACAACAACGACGACAACGACAACGACGACGACGACGACGAUGACGAGUCGCGACGUCUUCUGCGAGAGUAUGACGUCGGACGACGACGUCGCCUCGUCGGACUCGGGCAAACGGAAGGUCGCGAAGAAGAAACAGAAGAAGAAAAAGCAGCAACAAGCCAGAAAACCUGCGAACAAAGGCACGGAGCAGAAUGGCAAGCGCGCCUCCAGCGCGAAAAUUCUACGCCAUUUAAAACCCAUUUUAUAGAAGAAAUGAAUUUUCUUUCAACAUUUAUUAUGUGAACUUUUCAUUUUGU